AUGUCAGAAUACCUAAAAAAUAACCCGACGGUUAAUUGUGUUGUUAUAGUGAUGCAGUUUUUGAAGCUAAACAUUUGGAAUGGAAUUGGUGAAGCUAAAAGUCAGUUUGAAGUAACGAAAUUGUUCAUAAAUUCUGACAUUUAUGAAAUUAAUGAGUUUAAAAAUAAAUUGAAAUGUCAUGACAAUGUCGGUAUAACUGAAAAAAGCAUAACUACACUUCAAAGCUACUCUUCUUCAUAUAUAGAUGACUUUAAAGGCAAUUUUCCAUUAAAAACAGUUUGUGAGAUCACCGAACCACUUAAGGAAAUGAAGUUUUUAUUAGUUGCUUCCAUUGUUAAUAUAAGGUAUAUAAUUCCAAUCAACGUACAAGAUUGUACUUACACCAUUGGAUUGACUCUUUUUGAUAGGGAAGCAAAGAGGCUGUUAAAUAUAACUACAUACGAGUUGAAAAAGAUACAUGAAGCGGCCGGAGACAGUGAUGGACUAUUUCCAAUGCAACUUAACGUGUUGAAAAACCGCAAGUUUGGUUUUCUUGUAGAUAUUACAGAAUACAAUGUCAACAACUAUAAUAAUAUCUACACAGUUCUCAAAGUUACAGAAGAUAUGUCCAUUGUUUCUGAAUUGGAAAGUAAAAUAGAACUUAUGAGUAUUCAAUCUGUCUCCUUAAAUCAAGUUCCUUUGGAAUCAGAUGAUGUUGUACAGCCUGUUCAAAAGGAUGUGAUCUCACAAACAGAUGAAAGUUUUACACCCUCAACGGUUGAUAAAUCAACCGCAACAAGUCCUAGCAAAAUAUCAACUGAUUUGAAGCGUAGCCUCCAAGAAAUUUAUGACGUUGAUUCUGGAGAUGAUUUAAGUUCAACUAAGGCUAAAAGAAAAUCAAUCGAAGAGGAAACUCCACUCUUAAUUCCAAAAUUGAAGAAGUGA